AUGGCUAUCUUCACGUUCAUGACAAUGCUUGGUCCUCAAAUUGGUCCCAUAGUCUCUGGAUUUGCAUCUUCAGUUUCCUGGCACUGGCCAUUUUGGAUACUUGUGAUGAUGAUGAGAAUUUUCUUGCCUCUUUUGUGUACCCUCCCAGAAACCUACGGCUCCGUCCUCGCUCGAAAAAGAGACAGCAACACAUCUGGAAAUUCUACAAAGCAGCCUUUCACUUGCACGACCGUUUGUCAUGGUAACAACGGAGCCAAUUUUACUAUUUUCCUCUCUUCACAUGGCUUUGGUAUAUGGCAUACUUCAUACCCCAUCAUCUUCCAAGGUGAGCAAGUAUCCGCGAGCCCUGUAGCCACCGACAUAAGUCUGCAAGUGCCAAAGAGUGCUUGGAAUUAA